AUGUCGUUCCUCUUAUCAAGUCUCCGUCCCGUCCUCAUCGGCACCGGCAUUGGCCUCUCCCUCCUCGUCCCAUCCUCCCCCUUCCGCGCUGCACCAGUCCAAUGCCAAUACACCGCGCCCUAUUACAACCAGAACGCCUCUCCGGAAUCGGGAUAUUCUCUUGCCGGCUCAGGACUAGCUGCAAAACAAGGUCGGACCGGUAGCUCGCAGCCUGGCACAGGUCUCUUGAAUGCGCGAUACAUGCGACAGAUCAGUCUGGGGAGUGUACUGGGGUUAGCAACUGGUCUAGGGUUGAGAGUAUUCUCCAAGGCGUUGGUAUUUGUGUUGGGGGUUGGUAUUGUGCUUAUUGAGUGGGCCGCGUCGAGAGGAUACAACAUCGUCCCUGUAAACACACUACAAAAAUACGUAAAGAGAUUCGAUCUACAGCGCGCGACAAGGGAGAAUGUGCCCUUCAAAGUCAGCUUUGGGUCAACAAUGGCGUUUGCUGCUUUUGCUAGUUUUGCGGACUACAGUUGA